CUAUUUCAUUUCUGAGAGGAAGAACAGCCAUUUGAGGAAUAGAGCCAUGGGCAAACUCCACUCCAAACUUUCCUCAAAAUGCAGACAGAGCCCUGAUGGUGGUGUUCUUGUGUCCAAUUUCUUGAACGGGCAGAGAGAGGUGGAACUCAUCCCCAGUAAUAAAGAAAAGCUGUCCAUGAACAUGCACAGGGAUGUACACAGCAAUAAUUACCUACUGAAUGUUACUUUACCACCAGAGCAAAGGCUUGUCAAGAGUCAAUAUUCAAAUAAUGAACUCAUCCAUUCGGCUAACCAGGACAGAAACACAUUUACUGACGAUCCUAAACAAGAGUGGCUGUUCACCUUGAGCAAUGAAAGUGGCAAUUCCAACAGGGAGGAUAUGUCCAACUUCUUGCAUGGAGUGUGUAAAGCCAUUGAUGCCUCAGUAAAACCAGCUACAGACAGCGCCACAACAUUGAAGAUCAAGAUAGUCUUAAGUUCUUCUGAUGACCAAAACAAAGAGAAGAAGCAGAGUCCAUCUGAGGAGACCGGAAGACCAAUGAGGAGACUCUACUGUGUUGGGGAAAACAUUGAGCGCAGAAACCACUACUUGGAUCUCGCUGGCAUUGAAAAUUUCACCUCAAAGUUUGAUGAUGAAGGAAAGCUAUGCACUUAUUAUCCUUUUUCUUUAACAAGUAAGAAGAGGAAUCUGCACACUAUUCAAUAUGUUAAAACAUGUCAAUCUAUUCUUUUUACAGAAUGCACCUAUCAGAAAUCUCCCUCUCAUCAUCACCAUCUUGUGGAAACAAGUGAUAACUGCAUGCAAAUCUCUCAAUCUACACCUAAGUCCCAGAGAACUAGACCAGUCUGGAAAGAGGAAAAGUUCAGCAGAUCACAUGGGCAGCAUACUUCAUCGCUGUGUCGUCAUUAUUCCACCAGUUUCAAGCACAACACAAAUGGACCUGUUCAUCGCUCCCAUAGCAAAAGGCUGCGACCCCAUGAUCACAUGUCACCUCGGAGACCAGUCUGUUGCUAUAACCAGGGGAGAAAAGUCUGUGACAUUUUAACUGCUCCUCAACCCUCCCCUUCCUCGUGUUCUCCUUUAGUGAAACACCAUCACCUGCAUGAACACCAUCAUCACCACCAUCACCACUACCACGCUGCAUAAUGAGAAAUAAAACUACAUCCAACCCGUGUUAAAGUGCUAUCAUCACAGUGACAUGGAGUGCAUAGUGACAGACCUUCAGCUGG